AUGGUUAAUUCUGUUCCUGAAACAUCUUCGUCCACUACGUAUACUCCUGAGCCUUCUAGCCCGUUGUUUCUUCUCCCUUCUGAUGUCCCCGGCAUUUCCGUUGUUCCUGUGCCAUUCUCGAGGACUGGUUUUGGAAGAUGGAGACGUAGUAUGAUCGUGUCGUUAUCUGCAAGAAAUAAAAUAGGGUUCAUAGAUGGGUCUUGUGUUAAACCUGCCGAGAAUUCUCCUCAAUUUAAGCAGUGGGAUAGGUGCAAUAAUAUGGUUAUAUCAUGGUUAACUAGUUCAUUAUCACCGGAUAUAGCUGAGAGUGUGCAGUAUUUCGAGACUGCUGAAAGUAUCUGGUUGCAAUUGAAUAAUAGGUAUGGGAGUGUUAAUAGAACCAAAGUUUUUGAAAUAAAGAGAGAACUUGCUUCUACUUUCCAAGGGACUCUCGAUAUUGCUUCAUAUUUCAACAAACUUAAAAAACUAUGGGAUGAAUUGGGGAUUAUGUGCAGUAGUCAUGCAAAUUCUUGUGUUUGUGCUGCUAAGGUGGGUCUCCAAAAGGAGAAGGAAGAGGAUAAGGUCGACCAAUUUCUCAUGGGUCUCAAAGAGGUCUACAUAGGGGUUAGAAGCAACAUUUUGAUGAUGCAGCCAGUUCCAUCUCUUGAUACUGUCUAUAACAUUCUGUUGCAAGAUGAAAAACAAAGACAGGUUAUCCCCAACACUCAGUUCAACUCAGAAUCAGCUUCUUUUAAUGCAAAUUUCAACAAGCCUUCCCCUCAAUUUCCACCUCAAAAACAGUAUACACAAAGAGUCAAUUUUGAUCCAUAUGGCCAGAAGGUGAAUUCUGAUCAAACCAAGGUUUCUUUGUCUUGCAAGUAUUGUAAAAAACCUGGUCACACAAUUGAAAAAUGUUACAAAUUACAUGGAUUUCCUCCAAAUUUCAAAUUUACAAAGGGGCAGACUAAAAGAUUUGGUACUGCUGCAAGUGUUGAGGGAAAGUCUUCUGGUAUCUCUGAAUCUACUUCAUCAUGUUCUUCACCCGGGCAAGAUUCUUUGAUUCCUGGCCUCACCAAGGAGCAGUACUCUCAGUUGAUGAACCUACUCCAACAGUCUACACUGGGUGAAUCUAGUUCUCAGCCACUUCUCAUGGGCUCUGCCAAUUUUGCUGGUAUUAAUUCCUCUUCUCCUGUGUGUUUGAAUGGUAGUUAUGUUGUGCGCAUGUUAACUAGUGUAGCUGGAAGGGUGUGGAUAGUGGAUUCUAGAGCAACUGACCAUAUGACUUCUAACAAAAAUCUUCUCUUUAACAUCAUACCUCUUCCUGUCCCCUAUCUAGUUUCUUUGCCUAAUGGUUACAAAGUUAAAGUUACCUGCACAGGCUCUUUGACUUUGUUGCCAUCUUUUACCCUUCAUCAUGUCUUGUACAUUCCUACUUUCCAUUAUAAUUUGAUUUCUGUGAGCAAAUUGAUUAUUCAGUUCAAUUGUAAUGUACUGUUCACUUCCCUCUCAUGUAUACUUCUACAGGCCCAUUCUAUGAAGAAGCUUCUGGAGCUUGGUAGAAUGGACCAAGGACUAUACAAGCUCUACCUUAAUCAUUUUGCUCCUCCUGAACUCUCUAAUUCUGUUGUUCCUGAUAUUAGUAAUUCUGUUUCUGCUUCUAAUAAUGUAGUACAAAAUGCUGAUUUUUCAUUGUAUGCAAAUCGGCCAGUUAUGAAUUCAAACUUUGUUGCUCCUUUAUCAUCUUGUACUGUUCAGCAAAUUGUGAAUAAAAAUGAUGUUCUUUGGCAUCAUAGAUUAGGACAUGUUCCUUUUGUGCAAAUGAAAAAUAUACCUUGUAUUUCUAAUGACCUGUCAGCUAAACAGUCUUUUACAUGUCCUAUUUGUCCCUUGGCUAGACAACCUAGGUUACCAUUCCCAGAUAGUUCUUCUCAGUCUACUUCAUUGUUUCAACUUAUUCAUGUUGAUACUUGGGGACCUUACCACACUCAAACAUAUUCCGGUGCUAAGUACUUUAUUACCAUAGUUGAUGACUAUAGCAAAGCAACAUAG